CGCUGUCACCACAGUAGUGGCAGCAGGAGCAUUGUGUCUCGUUUCUUGUUUUAUUUUUUUUUUCUUUUCGAAAUAAGCAUAGUAGGCAGCUAAAAUACUAUACACACCCAAUAAAGACGGUCGAUGGAGUCGCCCAAGGAAUCAGUAAAAUUUUGCCGUCCACCGAGGAAGCACACUCUCGAUAUUCCGGAUCAUUCGCAUACGCGCGCGCGCUCGAUUCGCUGUUCGUUCUUCGUUCGUUCGAUAUUAGUUCGGUCGAUUGAGUGGUGUACUUUCUGAUUGUGUGAUUGGUGCAAUUUCCGGAAGUGCAAAUCGGAACUGCUUGGAAUAGUGUGUCGUGGGUGAUUUGAAGAUUGUGAAUCAGCGACUGGCCGACCAGAGUGCAUGCAGUGUGGUGACAUUACAAGCAACAAUUAAAGAAGUAGCAAAAGUGAAACAACAUUCAAGACAUCGUAUCAUCAUCAUCAUCGUCGGCGUCGUCAGCGGAAAGGGAAAAGAGACGCGAGCAGCCAGCAACGGAAACGAGCGGAGAAAAAUCACUUAAUUCGCACCGGAUCACAGACAAGCUGGCCACGUAAUUUAAAAACAAACCCGAUUGCAGAAGAUGAGACCGAGAGGGAGCACCCUUCUCUUUCAGCAGCUGCUGAUCCUGUGGCAGCUGCUGUGCUGCUGUAUCGUUGUCCUGGGACAUGGCCGACUUAUGGAGCCCCCAGCUCGAAACGCCAUGUGGCGCUUCGGUUUCCCCAACUCGGUCAACUACAACGACAACGAGCUGUUCUGCGGCGGGUACGCCAUCCAGUGGGAGCUGAACCAGGGACAGUGCGGAGUGUGCGGCGAUGCGUACCACUUGCGAAGUCCCCGGCCUCACGAGGCCGGUGGAGAAUUCGGCAAGGGGAUUGUCACCCGGAGGUACUUCGCCGGGCAGGAGAUCGACGUGGAGAUCGAACUGACUGCCAACCACAUGGGACGGUUCGAGUUGUUCCUGUGUCCGAACAACAACCCGUACUACGAGGCCACGCAGGACUGCUUCGAUCGGUAUCCACUGUAUCUGUCGGGGACGAGCGAGGUCCGGUAUACGAUUCCUCCGGAGUCGGGCAAGAAAGAGAUCUUCCGGUACCGGGUGAAGCUACCUCGCCGGGUGACCUGUACGCAGUGUGUUCUACAGUGGACGUACUACACCGGGAACAUGUGGGGCCGGUGCGACAACGGAACGGAAGGAGUGGGCUGCGGUAAACCGGAAACCUUCCGGAACUGUGCGGACAUCAGUAUAGUGACGGCAACCGGAGGUGGAGUACCGCCGUUGUUUGUGGACGAGACGAAGAAUCCGUUCCUGCUGUACUACAGGGACUUCCGGGCUCCGGAGGGCAACGAUGUGUUCCCGCUUAUUAUUCGCGACCAAGUAUGCCUCCCCACGGCGGCCUAUCGGAGAUUCAUCGGCAUGGACGAUUGGUGCCAAAGCAACUGCCUGCGCUAUCCACCAAACUGUCCGGAAUCGGUGUGCCACUGUCCCCAAACAUGCGAAGCCAUCGGCGAAAUUGAAGGCCGCGAGGGAGCCGACGUGUACUGUAUGGACGAAUGCCUCACGUACAAGUCCAAGUGUCCAACGGACCGGUGUCACUGUUACUAGAGGAAGAAUCCCUAGGAUAGUUCGAUCGAGACCAUGGAAAUGCUCAAACGGAAUUCGUUUUGGAUUGGACGCCCUGGAACCGGUGGUGGUCUAAUCACCGGUAUUUUUUUAUGUUUUGUUAUUUCAACCAGACGACUAGACACGCAGAGCGAGAGGGAAAGGAGUGAAACUUGCCGAUCCUUAUUUUUUAGUUUAUUCCACGUGGGUGGGAGACGUUGGGUGACAAAUCCUAUAGGAAGCAAUGUAAAUGACACGAGGAAAUUAUAGAAGAAAUCGGUUGUACAUUUUACCUAGUUGUGAAUGAGAGUUUGCAGAUAGAGAGAGAAAGAGCGAGAGAGAGACAGAGGGGUGUAACAUGAUGCGAAGAAAAACUAGCACAUUGUGUAAAAUGAAGACUAACUGUAACUGUUUGUGUAAAUGUUCCCAUUUUCUGUACAUGAAUUUUGCUCAAAUAAAAUGUGUGUAUAAAUGA